UUCCCCACCUCACUCCUGGAAUUGGGUUAAUAAUAAAGAGCAGUUGUGGAUCAUCGGUUGAAACAUUUUGUGAAUCUUCUUUCCCUGCUUGUUUAUUAUGCUCAGUGACUAUUCUUAAAAGGCAUAGUCUUUCGUAAUCUUUGCUGGGGACCUGUACUCAAGGACCAUUCUUUUAGAGAGGACCCUGAAAGCCAGGGGUGGGCACAUAAUGUGGUGGUGGUAUCAUGUGCUUUGCUGGUAACUCUCAGUGACAGUAGAAAGUCAGUGAACCUCAGACCAGCGCCAGUUUCUCACUCUCCUGGGACAUAAUGUCAGUGAAAUAGAUGUUAGGUAGCUGACAUUUGACAUCAAAGUCUGUCAUUCUGAUCUCUUCCUUUUUGGUAGUUUCCUUGCUUCCUCUAUUAUUCCCCUUGUUAGGAGAUCCAGGUGCUCCAAAACUGGCUAGAUAAUCGAGAGCUUUUGAUUUCUUCCUUGUCCACCUUUGUUCUUUUUGCCCAAUGGAAUCUGUGUGUCUGCCACCUUGUACCUUGUGAUAUUUUCCUGGCGAACUCCUCAGGAUGAGCAGCAAAGGAAAGAGGUUAAAAAGGACAGUCCUAGCAAUACCACCAGCAACACCGGCAACAGUGGCAGUGGUACCAGUGUGAGCACCACCACUGGGGAGACAAGCAAUCUUCGCUUUCCAGUGUAGAUUUGUGGAUCAGUCCUAGCAUCGAUAUAUUUCAUUUGAAUAAAAUAGCAAGAGGACCCCUGAUUUGGAAACACCAGCUUUUGCUUGGCUUUGGGGGGAAAUUGGCCACUUCAGAUGACUGACAGCAAUCAGGGCUCUGUGAAGAAGAGGAGUCGGAGUCAUAGUAGAAUCAGGGAUAGAAAGCGCAGUCGUAGCCGAGAACGGGAUCGGCAUAGACGGAGAAAUAGUCGCAGCCGAAGUCGAGAUCGGCAGCGUCAUCACCGCAGCCGCAGCCGUAGCUGGGAUCGGCGACAUAAUAGUGAGUCGCGAAGUCGAGACCGGCGACGUGAAGAUCGUGUGCGCUAUAGGAGUCCUCCACUUCCCACUGGACGUAGGUAUGGACAUAGUAAGAGCCCUCAUUUCAAAGAGAAGAGCCCAGUCAGGCAGCCAAUUGAUAAUCUGAGCCCUGAGGAGCGUGAUGCCCGCACAGUUUUCUGUAUGCAAUUAGCUGCCCGUAUCCGGCCUCGAGACCUGGAGGACUUUUUUUCUGCUGUUGGCAAGGUUCGUGAUGUGCGUAUCAUCUCAGAUCGGAACUCACGUCGUUCUAAAGGCAUUGCGUAUGUGGAAUUCUGUGAAAUGCAGUCUGUGCCACUGGCCAUUGGGCUGACUGGGCAACGACUUCUGGGAGUACCUAUCAUUGUACAGGCCUCACAGGCUGAGAAAAACCGAUUGGCAGCCAUGGCCAACAAUCUGCAGAAGGGUACUGGUGGACCAAUGCGCCUCUAUGUGGGCUCCCUGCACUUUAAUAUCACUGAGGACAUGCUCCGGGGCAUCUUUGAGCCUUUUGGCAAGAUUGACAAUAUUAUCCUGAUGAAAGACUCAGAUACAGGCCGUUCUAAAGGUUAUGGUUUUAUUACGUUCUCUGACUCUGAGUGUGCCCGGCGGGCCCUGGAACAGUUGAAUGGUUUUGAACUUGCUGGUCGACCUAUGAGGGUUGGCCAAGUGACUGAGCGGCUGGAUGGUGGCACAGACAUCACUUUUCCUGAUGGGGAUCAAGAGCUGGAUCUGGGAUCAGCAGGUGGACGUUUGCAGCUUGUGGCCAAACUGGCAGAAGGCUCUAGAAUCCAGGUGCCAACCACAGCUGCUGCUGCUGCUGCUGCUGCUGCUGCCCAAGCUGCUGCCUUACAACUGAAUGGAGCAGUUCCUUUGGGGGCCCUGAACCCAGCAGCUCUGACUGCUCUGAGUCCGGCUUUGAACCUUGCCUCCCAGGCAAUUGCAUCCCAGUGCUUCCAGCUUUCCAGCCUCUUUACCCCCCAAACCAUGUAAAUCAGUGGCACAGCGCACUACCUCUCUGUACCCUCUGGGUCCUGCCACUCUCUUCUUCUACUGCCCUGUCUUCCAUUUGUGGACCAAGCCAUCCUGAGGCCAUGGACAUUGAUUCCGGAGGAACUUGGGGCCACUCUUAAGACAAGAAGAAGAAGAAGGAAAAAAAAAAAAAAAACAACAAGAAGAGCUCCUGCCCAUGCCCCACUGGGAAUGGACUUUGCUGAGCAAAGCCCCCAGUUGAAGAGAACAAUCUACACCUGCAUUGAACACUUUUGUCUUUGUGUAUCUUUUCCCAAGACCACCUUCUUUCCCUUUCCCAUCACUUCUGAAUGAUUCUUCCUCCAUUGGGAAGGCCAUAGGGCAUUAACUAUAGGACCUAGCCUCUCUUCCUAUAUUUUUACCCUAUAAACUAUCACAGGAUCUCUGAAUAUAGAGGACAUUGGAGUUACGGGGUGCACUUUGAAGGUGCUGGACUUUUGCUUUAAGGACCCUGGCAGAUAGCAUGGAUAUGGACAUGUACAUUAUGACACCUGGCUCAGGCCUCAGCUUAAUUAUAGCUUGAAGCCAGAACUACUACUGUAGGCUCAUCAUCUUAUUGGGAGGCACAGUAGUGAUCUAUCCUGCCAGGCAAUUGGGAUGAAGCCUCAGGGGCUUUCAGGAGUUUAAGUAAAAGGUGGGAUACCUUCCCAUCUUCCUUUGUACACUUGUCCUUCUUCUCAAGUCCUCCCUUUGGCCUAGGGUGUGAGGAUGGAGGGGAGGCUGCUAUUUUCCACCACUUCCUAUGUGCCUCUACUGAUGUUUCAACCUUGGUGGUUAAAGCCACUCCCAUCCCCUACCUGAGUAUGGGUGAGCCCUUCUCACUUGAUUUUAUAUCCUUGUGUCUAUGUACAUAUAAAAGAAAAAAUUAUAUAAAUAAAUAAAUAUAUAUAUAUAUAUAUA